CGCUGCUAGAAAGGUUGAUCAUACCUAUACUGGGCCCAAAGACUCAAUGAUUUACCAUGCCAUGGUAGAUUGUGAUCCUUCUGGCCCCUUAAUGGUUAAUAUGACCAAACUGUAUCCUAAGUCAGAUUGCAGUUCCUUUGAUGCUUUUUGUAGGGUUUAUAGUGGUAAAAUUAUGACAGGCAGUCUAUAAAAGUUUUGGGAGAAGGCUAUUCACAAGAGGAUGAGGAGGACAUGACAGUAAAAGAAGUGACCAAACUAUGGGUAUAUCAAGCUCGGUAUAGGGUAUAGGUUACCCAUAAGCAUGGCACCUCCUGGUUCCUUGGUUCUCAUUGAAGGUGUGGAUGCUUCAAUUAUGAAAACUGCAACUCUCAGUAAUGUGAAUUAUAAUGAAGAAGAUACAUACGUAUUUGGACCACUUCAGUUCAAUACUCUCCCAGUAGUUAAAACCGCCACUGAGCCUCUAAAUCCAAGCGAGUUGCCCAAGAUGGUGGAGGGUCUUAGGAAGAUUAGUAAAAGCUAUCCUCUGGCCAUAACUAAAGUCGAGGAGUCUGGGGAGCACACUGUUCUUGGUACUGGAGAGUUGUACUUGGAUUCUAUUAUGAAGGACCUUAGAGAGCUGUAUUCUGAAGGGGAAGUCAAGGUAGCCGAUCCUGUUGUCUCAUUCUGUGAAACAGUGGUGGAGUCUUCAUCAAUGAAAUGCUUUGCUGAAACACCCAGCAAGAAAAACAAAAUAACCAUGAUAGCUGUGCCAUUGGAAAAAGGGCUUGCAGAAGACAUUGAGGAUGGUGUUGUAAGUAUUGACUGGAACCGGAAGGCUCUAGGUGACUUCUUCAAGACAAAAUAUGAUUGGGAUUUGCUUGCAGCCCGAUCCAUAUGGGCUUUUGGCCCUGACAAGCAGGGACCUAACAUUUUGCUAGAUGACACUCUUCCUACUGAAGUGGACAUGGGAUUACUGGGUGCCGUGAAGGAUUCUAUUGUUAAAGGGUAAACUGGAUUGUUCAAGGGUUUCAGUGGGGUGCACGAGAAGGACCACUUUUUUUAUGUUCUUCAAUCACU